AUAUACCGCGAAAUCAUUAUCAUCGAGCUUCAAGAAGUUCGGGAUCGAUUGAUGGUGUAACAUUUUUUCCGGUAGCGUCAUCUCUGUCGCCAUCAUCUCAAAAUAACACACUAUGGUCUCUUAGUCUUCCACGUAGCAUUCGUCCUUCAAGUCCAGAUAAUGUAUUUCUUCCAGUACCGGGUAUGUCUUCACACACUUCAGGAACGGCAUCAUCCGUGUCCAGUGGAGGUCGUCGCUCUUCAGAUGACUUAAUGUUUCAGCAUGAGCCUGAUGACGGUCCUUUGUUUCGUGCAACUUUAACUGCAUUCGAAAAGAAAACAGGUUCAUUAAAACAUCAUAUUAAACGCAUUUUAAAGACAUCAACUGCUUGUCAUGACGUUCUUAUGGAAUGUCAUGAAACUGAGGAAGAAUUUUUAUCGACUUUAAAAGCUGCAUCCAGUGCACAUCCUCAAGCAUUUCAACCUAUUUUAGAUAGUUAUCUAGAAGACGCAUCAAAGAAGAUUGCAACUUUUAGAGAAAGUCUUGCAAACCAGAUGUCUGUACUUUUAAUUGAACCUCUCCGUAAGCUAUAUGAGAAUGACAUUAAAGUCGCAGAAAGCAAAAAAAAAGAUUUUGAGGAGGAAUCUCGUGAUUAUUACCAGUUUCUCUCUAAAUAUUUGUCUUUAACAAAAGAAAAGAAAAAGUUAGAAUCAGAUACUAAAUAUCAAAGCAAGCGUAAGAAUUUUGAGUUGAAAAGAUUCGAUUAUUAUGCAUACAUGCAUGACUUACAUGGAGGACGUAAAGAUCAAGAAAUUCUUUAUCAUCUAACGAAUUUUGCUGAAAAACAGUUUGCAUUCUUUCAACAAACUGCUGGUGGUAUACAAAGUUUAAAACCGGGAUUGGAUAAAUUGGCUGUAGAUGUUGCUGAGGCAACAAAAGAGAUACAUUUAAUGAGAAAAGAAAGAGAAGAGAGACGUAGAGCGCUCGAAACCCGUGCUACAACAGUAAAUCCAUUUAUUAGUGAGAGUUUUAAUGAGGUAGACUCAAAUGGCGGCAAUGGAAGCACUACGAGUGACAAUAUGAGUGAUGUUGCGGAGAAUCAAACUACUAGCCCAGUUGGUUCUCCGAUUGUGUCUCAAAAUCGGUUUAAAGGAAUUCGUGAUUUAGAACAGCAUGACUCAGAAACUGCAUCAGUCGCUGGUAGAAAGAAGGAGGGAUUUUUAUUUGCUACUUCGCGAGCAACGCAACAUGGAACUGUUGACUCGAUCUCAAAGACAAGCUGGCAUAAGUACUGGUGUGUUUUGGCAGGUGGUCAACUUUGUGAAUAUAGUAAUUGGAAGAAACAAUUAGAAGCGCAUAAUGAUCCGAUAAAUUUACGUUUUGCAGCAGUAAGGGAGGCAAGGGGAAUUGAACGUCGAUUUUGUUUUGAGAUUAUUACACCUCAAUAUAGACGUAUAUAUCAGGCAACUUCAGCCGAAGAUAUGUCUUCUUGGAUAACAGUUAUUUCUAAUGCAAUUGAAAGUCUUCUUAAUGGGACAAGCAGUUGUCGCAAUUUGGAUCAAGUUAUGGCUCAAGAUUCAAAUGGUGCCGGAGCCGGGCAGGUAUUUAAGAAACCAAUACAAAGAAGAGGAACUUUACCCAGCUUGACAGAUAAACGAAAACUUGAUAUGAAAAAGGGUCUUGGUUCCGAAGAGGCAACAUCAAACAAUCAAUCGGAUUGUCGACAAGAAAUUAUCGAAAGCGAAAAAUCCGCUCGAGUUCUUGAAAGCAUUAAAGGCGCAGAUGCAUCAAAUGCAAGUUGUGCAGAUUGUGGUGCUCGUAAAACAGAAUGGUGUUCUAUUAAUUUAGGGAUUGUGUUAUGUAUAGAGUGCUCAGGAAUUCACCGUAGUUUGGGUACGCAUAUAUCUAAAAUAAGGUCGCUUACCUUAGAUACAACGUCAUACACGCCUGACCUUGUUAAUUUAAUUAAAUCUAUUGGCAAUGCUCGAUCUAAUGCAAUUUGGGAAGCAACGCUUGAGCAGCGGCAAAUACAGCAACAAAAUGAUGCACUAUCAUUGCCACCAAAAUUUGAAGCACCUUCUGUAUCACUUAAUGAUGAUACGUCUACGUCAACACCAGUCACAGAUGCCGAUUGGGAAGAUCUUAUUAAUUUGAUUUCACCAUCAAAUC